AUGGCCAGGAUGGGGCCCCCAGUGCCCUUCGAGGAUGUGGCCGUGUUCUUCACCGAGGAGGAAUGGGCUCUGUUGGAUCCAGACCAAAGAGCUCUCUACUGGGAAGUGAUGCAGGAAAAUUAUGAGACUGUGGCCUCUCUGGGAGGGUGGCUAGGCCAGAACAAGGAAGAGGAGACUUUGGUGGGAAGCUCAGAUUGCCUGCAGCUGAACCGGAUGAUGUGGGGGGGAGAUGAAGUUAGCGUCCCUAGAGGCGAAGGCCAGACAGCCACCUCCAGGAGGGGCCUGUUGGAGAAAAGAGGGUCAAUCCUGAUUCCUUUUGGAGGAGGCUUCUUUGAUUUCAGCGAGUUCGCAAUCCAGCAAAGUUUUCUCCAGAAGAAUCAAGAGAUCUCAAACUUUGUGGCGAGUCUGUGCCAAACCUCCCAGUUUGAAGGGCCAGAGAAACCCACAAUGGCUGAAAGACCAUACAAGUGUAAUGAAUGCGGGAAGCGCUUUGGGAAGCGCUCCACCCUGAACACACAUGAGAGAACCCACACCGGAGAGAAGCCCUACAAGUGCUCACAUUGCGAUAUGCGAUUCCGCCAGAAUGCUCACCUUCAGCUUCAUGAGAGGAUACAUACCGGCGAGAAGCCCUACAAGUGCCUGCUGUGUGGGAAGAGUUACAGCCAGCGUUCCAGCCUCAUCAUCCACGAGGGAAGCCACACAGGAGUGAAGCCGUACACUUGUUCAGAGUGUGGGAAGCGUUUAAGCCAGAAGUCCACCCUCAUCCUGCAUGAGAAGAGCCAUCGGGGAGAGAAACCCUACAAAUGCCUCGAGUGCGGGAAAGGGUUCAGUUUGAGUGCGGACCUCAUAAGGCACCAGAGCAUCCACACAGGAGAGAAGCCGUACACUUGCUCCGAGUGUGGGAAAAGCUUCAGCCAGAACUCCCACCUCAUAGCACAUAUCCGCAACCACACGGGCGAGAAGCCACAUAAAUGUCUGGAGUGCGGGAAGGGUUUCAAUUGGAGCUCAGAGCUCAUCGCCCAUGAGCGGAUUCACACGGGUGAGAAACCGUACCAGUGCAUGUACUGCGAGAAGAGCUUCAGUGUCCGCUCGACUCUUAGCAAACAUGAGCGAACUCACACAGGAGAAAAACCGUACGUUUGCCUACAGUGCGGGAAGGGCUUCAUCCAACGGUCCUGCUUGGUAGUGCAUGAGAGGUCCCACACGGGCGAGAGACCUUAUAUAUGUUUGGAUUGUGGGAAGUGCUACCGGGAGAAAUCCCACCUCAUUGCUCACAAGCGAACACAUAGCAGUGAAAAGCCUUAUGUGUGCCCAGAGUGUGGGAGCUGCUUCAAGGCUAAUGAGGCUCUGAUUCGCCAUCAGAGAAGCCACCUGGGUGGAAGAGGAGGCGAGGGAGCUAUCGAGACACACUGGUCCCGAGGAGCCUCGAUCCCAGGAGAUUCGGAGCGAAGGAGGAGGAGAGCACCAACCCCGCUCAGCCAGCCCGGGCACUUUGUGAAUAGAGGACUAUUACAAGGCCAUGGGGGUGAACUGAGAGACUCUGCCACUCCUCAAGAAACUUCAGACUCUGAUGAGGAGGAUUCGAAAACAGUGCGAGACGAGAUAGAUGAACUGAAAAGGGGGGUGACCCAGGUGGUGUGGGGGCUGCAGGAACUGAAGAGGUGCUUGCCAGGGGAGGAUGCCCGGCAGCGACGGGAUCUUGCAGGGAAUGGGGGCACCCUGCUCCAACCAACGCCCCCGCAACCUCUAUCCUACCAUGGAGACACCAAGGAUUGCAAACAGGUACCCCACAAGGACUGGAUAGGCCGGCUGUCCCACCCCGGAGGGAUCCGAUGGGGUUACAACCAGCUGGCCCCCCACCCCCUGGCGGCCCAGCUGGGUCAUAGGCAGUAG